UGGGUAAUAAAUGUUAUGUGUUUUUAGCUAAGGCGAUACCGAUAGUCCACUGUCCAUGUGGCUGUAUAAGCUUCAGAGCGCGCUGCGUGUAGCCUCGGUUAAAUCAGUUUGUUACUGUGUGCUGUUAUCGUUUGGUUGUGUUGAUAAGAGCUGACGCAGACCGCGGAGCGUGUUGUUUUGCGCGUUUAGCAAAUAUGCGAUGAAACCAGGCUACGAUGCUAAGGUAGCUCCCCUAAAGCACAGGAAUGCACUUUAGUAAACUAAAGGCUGUUGCACAGUUAAAUGGUCCGAAGUGAAGCAUGAAUGGACCUUGUCUAUAAUGCAGUAAUAAACACCUUUUAAUAUUUAUAUUCUGUAAGUCGGGAAAGUUAUAGGCUGCUCUUUGGUUGCUACCGCGGCGUUGAUUGUAACGAUCGGGCGACAGCAGCUGAAACAAUGGACGAAAGUGCCGAAACUCUUGACAACGACGACAUUGUCAUCAUCGUGGAAAACGAAGCAGAAAGUUUGCCAGCGGGAGAAGAGAGACUAAAACAGCAGGGCACCUUCGGUCUCAUGGAUACGUGUCCCAUCUGCAAGCUGAGCUUUCACAACAGAGAGCCCAAACUCCUACCGUGUCUUCACUCCUUCUGCAAGAGGUGUCUGCCUGCCCCCUUCAGGAGUGCCGAUCCGAGACGUGACUCCCAGGGUCAAGUUGACAGCAACAAGCCAUUGGGUGCCAUUCGAUGUCCAGUAUGCAGACAGGAGUGCUGGGAGAUGGACAUAUUGGACAAUUUCUUUGUAAAGGAUUCUGCUGAGGUGCCAAGCAGCACUGUGGAGAAAACCACCCAGGUGUGCAUGAGCUGUGAUGACAACACAGAGGCAACGGGUUACUGUGUGGAAUGUGUGGAGUUUCUGUGCGUCACAUGCAUCGAGGCGCACCAAAGGGUCAAGUUCACCAGGGACCACACCAUACGCCAGAAGGAGGAGAUGUCUCCAGAAGCUGUGAGCAUAUCCACGCAGAGGCCUGUCUUUUGUGACAUCCACAAGCAGGAGCCCCUGAAGCUGUUUUGUGAGACUUGUGACCGACUCACCUGUCGAGACUGUCAGCUCCUUAAGCACAAGGAUCACAACUACCAGUUUUUGGAGGAUGCGUACAGAAACCACAGGCAGUAUCUCGAGACCAUGACGCAGCAGCUGCAAGAGAAAAGAAAGGCCAUCGAGGAAGUAUCCAGCUGCAUCAACACUGGACUGCAGCAAGUUGAUGAAAAUCGGAAGGCUGUGACUAAUGAAAUAAAGAAGUCUAUCUGUAACUUGAUAAUGGAGAUCAACAGGAAGGGGAAGAUUCUCGUUAACCAGCUUGAGGCUUUGACGAAGGACCAUGAAUUGGGUUUGAAAAAGCAACAGGAAGAAGUCAACUCACUGGGCAGGCACCUAGACCACGUCAUCAGCUUCACCAAAUGGGCCACAGCUAGCCACAGUGGGACAGCUCUCCUGUACUGCAAGAGACUGAUCCUUUACCAGAUUCAUUACCUGAUGAGAGCUCACUGCAGUCCCUCCAUCGUUCCUCAAAGCUCAGUUCGAUUCCAGUGUCGCUCCGGUUUCUGGGUUACAAAUGUAGACCUUGGUUCUCUGGUGGUAGAAAGAGGCCCCAGUAGGCCAACCAUCACCAAUCAACAGACAGGUCCCAGAGCAGAGGCACCCACUGGAGCGGUUUCAUUCUCAGCUCAGCAGCGACAGAGCACGCUCGCUCAGCUCCAGAUGCAGGUUGACAAGCUUUCCCAACAGCCCCUUAGGGGGACCCCUCCAAACCACUGGUCCUGGUACCAAAACGUCAGACUACCGGGACCCCCUGGCCCCCCACCCCCAACCAGACCUAUCCAUGGAGGCUCCUCCCCCUCCCAAGGCACCGCGAACAUGGUACAGCCAGGACGCAGGUAUGGGAGUUCCCACCCGAACCCUCGAAGCCCCACAUCGUCCAUGCUUAACAACAUAAGCUUCCCACCUGCUCAGUCUCUGAGAGAUCUGAUCCAUUCCUCCAGCUUCCUUCCUAAACCUACAGAUGGGUCGCAGGGCCCUUCCCGCUACCCACAGCCUCUGACAGCUGGAGCAGCUGCACAGACGUCACUGCAUCAGAGGUGCCUACCAGAGUCAUCUUUCCUAAAGAGGAGUGAACCUGGUGGAUCGGUCCCCUCCAUCACCAUCUCUGUGCCCAAACCCAGUUUCCCUCCCAGUCUAGCUUCAGCAACUGCUGACAAAACAAGCACACUUAAUCACGUGGCAGGUCAAGGGAGGCAGAAUUCCCCCAUGGCAAAGCCAUCAUCUUCAGAAAGAAGCACAGGGGCGGCUUCUUGGAAGCAGACUUCUGAGACGCCAUCAGCCCCUGCAGCAAAGCGAAGAAGGAGGUCAUCCCCGGGUCCCGUUAUCGUCAUAAAGGACGAACCUGAGGACGACGACGAAGUUCGUUUUGUGCAAUCCAGCAUCGGGUCUAGCCUGCCAGAUAGCAGCACUGGAGCGCAGUCUGAGCCCCGGCAGCAGCAGAAGGGCUCUGCACCGAUCGCUGCCCCUGGAUCAGACUCCAAAGACAAGCGUCCUCAGCCCACAUCACAGCCGGAGUCUGAAAAGAGAGCAGAGCCAGAAGACGAUCCUAAUGAGGAUUGGUGCGCCGUGUGUCAGAAUGGAGGAGAACUGCUCUGUUGUGACAAGUGUCCCAAAGUUUUUCAUCUGUCCUGUCACAUUCCCACUCUGAAUGAGUCCCCCAGUGGCGAGUGGUUCUGUUCGUUCUGCCGAGACCUCCUCUCUCCUGAGAUGGAGUACGACUGUGACAGCAAGGAUUCCCCCAUCUCAGAAAAAUUCCCACCUGUUGAGAGAAGGAAAUGUGAGAGGCUGCUCCUUCGUCUUUUCUGUAACGACUUCAGCACUGACUUCCAGCAGCCUGCUUCUCCGUCGGAGACGCGAAGAUACAAAGAACUUAUAAAGACCCCGAUGGAUUUGUCAAUAGUGAAGAGGAAGCUGGAGUCAAAGUCAAAAGAUGGUGAAAGUUAUGUCAGUCCUGAGGGCUUCGUUGCAGAUGUCAGGCUCAUAUUUUUCAACUGCGCCAAGUACUACAAGCCAACCUCAGAGGUUGGCAGUGCAGGUUUGUACCUGGAGGAUUAUUUUGAGGAACAGCUGAAGCUCACCUACCCUGACAGGGUCUUCCCCGGUGGGAGGGAAGAACAGAUGAUUCCUCCUUUAGAGGACGAGAUAGACGAAGAAGAGGAGAUGACGGAGGACGAUACGGCUCCCAUGAAAGAUAAGCCUCAAAGUCCUGCAGGAAAAGGGAUUCCCCCAGUAGAGGAAGACAUGGCUCCUCUAGAAGACGCAACAACCCCAGCAGUGAAGGAAAUGUCAGAAACUGAAAAGCUGGUUGAACCAAGUCAAAAUAAGAAAGGUAAAGUAGUAGCUGCCACAGAGGGAGGCGUAACUCCUGCAGAGGAAGUAAAGCGGGACAAGAUUACUGCUGUAAAACAGGUGGAAAGCUUUACAGCAACUCAGAGUGAAACAAAAGACGGGGUAGCUCCCAGCUCCACAAAGGAUGAGAAAUCUCAGCUUACCACAGACAUGACCGCAGAGCCACCUGAAGCUCAGCAGGAGAAGUCAACUCCUGCAGACGCAGCCAAGGAAGAGGGAUAGAUGGUGUACAACACAGAGGAAGAGGAACUGCAGAGAUGAUGGAUGAGUUCAGUCUUCCACAGAAGUGGCCCCAGUGGGGACCUACAUUUGCUGCAUUUUUUUUUUUUUUUUUUGUAGGGUGAAUGUUGUUUGCAAUUUUGUUUGCAGUAUUUUAUUUUUAUUUAAGUUUUAUUUGAUAAGAUUAACGCAGUUUAACAUAGUUCGUAGAUAUGACUCAACUACUCAGCUAUUAGUUGGGCUUUUAAUAGGAAAAGAACUGCUGUACUAAAUAGAUUUAGUAGCAGUUAUGCUUGAGAUGCACAGCAAAGAUCUCAUAAAGCUCUUUGUGUAUUUGCAGGAUGGACAUUAUACCUUGUAACAAUUAUUUUCAGUGAUGAUGCCACUGAGAAGAACACAAAAUAUAUUCUUCUUUCAGUAUGUAUAAGUUAACAGUAGUCAUCUUUGCUUGUCACUUGUACAUAAUGAUUCUGUAUUUUGAAAGCAGCCGAAAUAAGAAAAGUUUAGAUUUGGUGAUGCAUGCAAAAUGUCUAAAUGCCUCCAUUUCUGUUUAAAAUUCCCCUCAUAUACAAGUAAUGUUUCAGUGCAAUAGUAUUGUUUUAGUAUGGUAUUAAUGCUACGUAUAUAACAAAUGAGCACUGGAGUCUCUGUAUGGCAGGAAGUGCUACACUGAUCGCAAUCUCCUGUGUUGCCACUUUGAUUUUAUGCCCCCCCCCAAAUCUGAUUGUGUUUUUAUCACAGAGCAGCUUUCUGUUAGUAGUGGAGGAAGGGAAGAACUCUUCAGACUUAGUUUGGCUUCACUGUUAUCAGGCCAUAUAAACCAGAGAUGUCAGAAUCUGUCAUCAUCUUUAUAUUUUACAAAUUGUGCUCUGCAAGAUAAGAGUAGCACAAAAAACUUGACCACAAGCAUUAAUAUUCUCUCCUAUACUGUCACUUUAUUACUAAUCGAGCAUACUGUAAAUAACUCGAAACAACACUGAUCAUAAAAACA